AUGAUUUCGCCGCUAUUGUUCCUCAUUGCCGUGGCCACGACCCUUUCGGCGGCGCCGGAACCGGUCAUCGGGUCAAUCACCUCCGGCCUACACAGCAUUCUAAAGAAUACCCACGCCAGCAAAGAAUAUGGGUAUCCCACAGAUCUGACGAGAGAUCUUUUACCAAUUCCCGUGCACUCCCACAAUGACUACUGGCGCGACAGGCCCUUCUACACAGGAUUAUCAAAGGGCUGCACAUCUACCGAGGCAGACGUCUGGCUCUAUAACGGGACUCUAUAUGUUGGCCAUGAUGAGUCUGCACUUACAUACGAGCGCACCUUGGAAAAUCUCUACAUCAACCCCAUUUUGGAUGUGCUGGACCGGCAAAAUCCUGACAGUCCGUUCUUGACUGCACCAACAAAGAAUGGUGUCUGGGACACCGACACUGCCCAAACCCUCUACUUCUUCAUCGAUGUGAAGACCUCGGGCCAUGAAACGUUCAAAGCCGUUAUCAAAGCCUUGGAGCCUUUGCGCGAAAAGGGCUAUCUCACUAAACUGAAGGGUGGGAAGACCGUGGAGACCGGCCCCGUCACCAUCAUCGGCACAGGAGACACACCGCUCGACAUGAUCCUGCCCGUCAUGGACCGAGAUUACUUCUUCGACGCACCUCUUGCUGAUUUGAGUGAAUCCAAAUACUCGCGGAUCGAUUACCGCGUUUCGCCCAUUGCUUCCACGGACUUUGUCAAGGCCGUCGGGAAAGUUGCCAUCGACACUGAGCCGGUUCUUCGCGAGGAGCAGCUCAAAUCUCUUCGUGCCCAGAUCUCCGUGGCCAGGGAGCGAGGUAUUGGUGCGAGAUACUGGAAUACGCCGAACUGGCCUGUUCGUCAGCGAAACCUCGUGUGGAGGACUCUGCUACAAGAAGGGGUUGGGCUCCUUAACGCGGAUGACCUAGAUGCGGUCACUACUUUCUUCUGA